AUGAAUAUUCGAAUUAUUGAGAAACCGGUUAGUUUGUUUUUUGAAUUUUUGAAGUGAAGAUUUUCGAAAUUUUUAAAGACUAUUCCACUGAAUGCACCAAUUUGUAAAGGAAUAAAACCUCAUUCAAGUAUUGAAAUUGUUGGAUUUGUUACGCAUGGAUCACAAGGGUUAGUUUUUACAAUCUAAUUAACUAAUUUCUUCACUAAUUAAUUAAUUUCUAGUGGCUUCACAAUCGAAUAUGUAAAACCUAAUGGCACACCAUUUCAUAUGUCAAUUCGAAUGGGUGUUUUUGGUGAAAAAGUUAUCGCGUUCAAUUUUUUGAAGCGUGGAAAAUGGCAUAAAGAGGAACAUCAUCAUAAUCCACUUUUGUUUGGCGAACAAUUUUUGUUGAAAAUUUCGAAUGAACAUCAUAAAUAUGAUGUGAGUUUUUUUGUGAGGGAAGAAGGGAGAAACUAUGUAUUAAAACACACUUGAUUAUUGAUAUUAAAAUUUUGUUAUCAGAGCGCUGAAAAAAUCAGGAAUUCGUAUUUUCAACAAAAAAACCUGCUGACAUGGCCGGGGUGAACUUUUUUCAAAAUAUCAACACUCCAAAUUGAAAGUUCAAAUCCAACGUUUAGCAACUACAAAAUUCGUUGGACAUAAAUUGGCCCAAAUUUUCUUAUUUGAAAAUGUAAUCCAAAAAAAUAUGAUCAAGAAAUAUUUGAAAAAUCAGUUUUAAAAAUCGCAAAAAAAUCAUAACGUUUUCCUUUUUUCACAAAGACCAGUUAGCCAAAAAUCUGGUUCCAGAAUCCCCUUCCCCAAAAUUAUCUACCUUUUAUUUUGCAGAUCCAUAUAAAUGGCAAACAUAUUGCUCAUUAUCAUCAUCACAGUUGCCCGAAAAAAGUGAAUAGUUUCCUGAUUCGCGGUGAUAUUCAAGUCUCAUCAGUUAGAUUCAACAAUUUCCAUAUCGAUAAAUCUCAAAAUAAUCAACCAAUCUUCAUCCAACAAGUUGCUCAACCACAACCACAAAUAAUCACAACAGCUACAGUUAUUCCAAGUGCUCCUCCAAUGAUUCAACAAGCUCAACCAGUUUAUCAAAUUGUUCCACAGCCUCAAAUAUAUCCUCAAUUAUACGGUCAACCUGAAAUCAUUGUUAUGGAUGGUUAUCAUCAUCAUCACCAUCAUUGUUAA